CCGCCACUUCGCCGGUCGCCAGAUCCAUCACGCCGACAGCGUCAAGAACCUCGGGGUAGCCUUCGGGAUGCUUCAGGGAAGCAUUCUUCCAAGGGAUGCCCGGGCUGUAACUGGCUUGACCGAGGACAUCACGGUCGAGAUAGCUCAGGCCCUUUUCAAUGCGGGAGCUCGGGCAUUGGCUAUCAAUGACCGGUGCAAGGCGCAGGAGAAGGAGACCGAGAAGCUGAAUCGGGAGUUAGCCCGGAAGGAAGAAGACCUCAAGCUGGCUCGGGAGACUUGCGAGCUCUACCUGGCAAACUUUCAAAGGUGUGACAGGGAGAGGGUGCAGGCAGAGGGCAGGGCCGCCAAGGCCGAGGAGGAUGCCAGCACCUUGCGAGUCACCCGGGCCACAGAGGUUGACUUCGCGAGGAAAGGAGGCUACGAUGAAGGUUGGGACGCAGCCGGAGUAGAAUAUAAGAAGCAGGUUCGGGAGAUCGAGGCCGAGCUGCAUCGGGACCAUUUCUUGGACGGUCUUCGGUAUGGCCAUGAAGCUUUGGUGAGGAGGCUUAACCUCCCUGAAGACUCCGAUCUCCGAACACUUCCCGAGGUGCCUCCCGAAGAGCUUGUUCUGCCAGUGGAAGAGGAGGUGGUGGAGCCUGAGGACCAAAACCCCGGGAACCAAGCUGAUCCCAAUGCCCCUGCGCCCGAGCACCAGCUCGACCUCAACGCUCCUGCUUAGGAUAGUGUCCUUUCCCCUUAUUUUUUGAAAUUUCAUGUCUUUUGUUUCUGUAGCUUUGACUGGACGGCUCCGGACAUUUGGAGUUUGCCGUUCCAGGGCUUGUAAAUAUUUGAUACCGAAGCUGUACCUUUUUGUUUAUGAUUUGGCGCUUAGAACUUGCGAUGCCUUGUGAAUGAA